CCGGUACACGAGAUCACCGGUUUGUCAACAGAGAAACUGAGCUGUGAAAUGUCGUUAUAACACAAAAUUUAAACCACAGGCUACUAAAAUAAUUAUCUUAACAUGUUAGAAAAACUUUUAAGGGUCUUUCAUCUUUUAAUAGCCGUAGGGGAUUUAAUAAGACAAUGUUUUUACAGCGUUCGCUUCCCCGUGUUUCCCUACCAAUGGAAGAAUUCACAACUAAAAUCUGACGCAAGGGACCUGAAAAAAGUGCCAACACACUUAGGACUUAUUCUCUGUGAAGAAGAAUUCUCAUUCCCAGAUAUAGCAAACAUUAUAGUGUGGUCAAUAGCAUUUGGAGUAUCUUAUUUCAGUAUUUAUGACUUGAAUGGUUAUUUAAAAAGAAAAAGUAAAGAGUUGAAGGAAAAAAUAGACAGUGCACAGAAGAAAUGUUUGGACGAGGAGCAGAGGAGAUAUACCGUCGUUAUUCACUCUGGUGAAGAGAAGCAUCCUCACACAAACGGAUAUUGUAAAUCAAACCAGGUUGAUAUACAGUUGUUGUCAAAAGAGAAUGGGCGACAAGCUCUGGUAGAUACCACACGAUUACUGUGUCAACAGGUGGCAUCCAGAGAGCGGCGCAUAGAGGACAUCACCCCAUCAACUGUGGACGAGUUCAUAAGAGAAACUUUCCAUUUCCCUGACCCUGACUUAGUUAUUCGGUUCGGGGUAGGAGAGAGUCUAUACGGGUUUCAACCCUGGCAGAUUCGGCUCACAGAAAUUCUGUCAACUAGGAGUCAUCAUAGUAUAGGAUAUAAAUCAUUUACAGACUUACUUCAUAUGUACGGAGAAACGAAGCAGAGGAAAAUGGCAGCAGCCAGCACACUGCUUCCGGAGACACAGGGGGUGCAGUUCACAGCCCGCCCCGCCGUCCUCCGAACCAAAGAAAACAUCAAGCCCAGGAGUGGCCGGUCAUCUUCUCUAAGCUCUGAGGGAGGUAUCCAGCCUGUCAAUGCUAGCCUGUCUAGUAUUGAGGUGGAGGCACUCCUCAGAGAGAAGGUGAGGGCCAAACACCAGAAUAUAAUGCAGGCCUUUAUGACUUAUGAUGUUGAACACAAUCAAGGGGUAACAAAAGGGGAAUUCCGUCGAGUGUUAGAAUCCUUUUGUCUCCCCCUGACCUCAGAACAGUUUGAGGCAGUAUUAGCCAAGGUGGAAAAGAACCCCAAUGGGACAGUCAAAUAUCCAGACUUCAUGGAGAAGUUUUACGGACAACCCCCGAGUUCUGUUGGUGGCGGUCAAUGGGCUGGAUUUCAGAAAUUUGCUCCCCCUCCUGCAGCAAGGGAGAUAAACAUUGACAUGAUUGAAAAAAUGCUAAAAGAUAAGAUAAGUCAGAAUUUUAAGGCUGUAGUGAAGGCACUACAGCUGUUUGACUAUAACAGAGAUGGUAAAAUCCAGAGACAUGAACUCAGACGAGUUAUUGAGAACUACUGCUUCAAACUGUCAGAUGACCAGUUUCAGAAGUUGUGGCUGCGGUACGACUUCCAUCACACGGGUCUGGUGAACUAUAAGGAGUUCCUGUCACGACUCGGAGUCUCCGUUGGUAACCAGGGGCGCCCCCCAGUAGACGGGGCAAAGGGAGCCCUUUUGUGGCCCCAGCAGAUCCCUGCCUCAAACAGUAAGAUCUUCAAACAGAGAAAGGAUGAUGAGGAAGCUUUACAGAGGCUGAACUUUGACCAGAUAGAGUUAGAGUUCAGAAACAGGAUGAAGAAGAACUACCUGAACCUGAAGAAGAUAUUCCUGACCUUUGAUCAGCACCUGGAUGGAUUUAUUGGUCUGGAGGACCUAAAGUCCAUUCUGUGUCAGUUUACCAUCCCUAUGUCUGACCAACUCUUCAAGCAGAUGAUGGAAAGGUGUGGUGUGAGAGGUACAGGUAAAAUAUCCUGGGAGCAGUUUCUGGACAAGUUUCAGGAUCCCCAGGGAGGGGGAAAUGGACAGACCAUUCCCAUGAGACCCAAUCACAAAUUUUUCCCGAUCCGUGAGGGAAUACAAGUGGUGCCAACAGAUGAUAUAUGGAAGCUACUGUAUAAACAUAUCCAGUCCCACUACCCCUCCUUGAAGCAGGCCUUUCUACAAAUUGAUAUUACUCGUAAAGGAAGGAUAACUCGUACAGAGCUGAGAAACGUGAUAGAGAAGUUUGCCUUUAGACUGGAUAAUGAGCAGUUUAAACAGCUGAUGUUAAAGUUAGAUCCAUUCCACACCAACAGCAUCUCCUACCAUGACUUCCUGAAAUUGUUUGAGGAGACCGACACUCCAGAGGGACACAAAUGGCUGAAGUCCGUUCAUCGUUUCAAUGAGACACCCAAACCAGCUGUCAUGGCUUGGGAAACAAUAGAGGAGAUCCUCCGUGAGAAGAUAACAGAAUACUGGAAGUCUGUGUCUGCAGCUAUAAUGGUGGCCGAUACUAAGGGAGAUGGAUACAUUUCUAUCCCCAAACUGAAGUCCGUUAUAGAUAACUGUGUGCUGCCCGUCUCAGAAGAUCACUUCAAAAGUAUGGUGUCUCGGUGUCAGGACCGCGUUAAUAAUCAGAUUAAUUACGUGGAGUUCCUGGAGAUGUUGAACGUUGACGUAAGGCCCGGAGAUCUGAUUGGCCUCAGUUCACAGGUCCAGCAGGGCAGUGAGGAAAGGGAGGCAAUUAGGAUCAAAAACCAUAUAGCAAGGAGUAUGCGGGUUAAUAGAAGGGCCCAAAAUCGUACCAACACAAUGACCGCUGAUGAGGUCAUCGCCCGGCUGAAGGACAGAAUGUCCCAACACAAGGUUCAGAUUAGACAGGCCUUCCUGUCAUUUGACAAAUCAGGGAAGGGGCGGGUCACCAAGAGGAACUUCAGGGAGGUUCUGGGAACGUUUGGUAUCCUGAUGACCGAUGACCAGUUCCAGGAAUUGACCGAGCGUGUGGGCUUUAUGAACGGUCAGAUGGAGUACUCGGACUUUGUCAGUGCCUUCGAGGAUCCACGGAUCCAGGGACCGGGGGAUGAGAUCAAGAGGACCGGUAAUCAUCGCGUAAAUCCGAUCCGCGGCGACGAGCGGGGAAUGACGGCAGACGAGGUGGAGAUCAAACUGAGGGGUAAACUACGAGAAAACUUCGCAAAUCUGCGAGCAGCAUUUUACAAGUUUGAUGACGACCACAAUGGUUUGAUCAACAAGGCCAACUUUAGGAGGAUUUUAGAUUCUUUUAUGUGUAUAAUGUCUGACAAUGAAUUCCAAGAACUGUGUAAGAGAAUGGGAAUUACUAACUCCAGUAAGAUUUCUUAUGAGGAAUUCCUCCAGAGGUUUGAGACCAGAGACACAGCGGAGGGGCACAAGUGGCUCAACUCGGUUCAUAGGUAUAACACCACCUACCCCACACCUGAGAUGACUGCAGAGUCAGCACACGAAGCAUUAAAACUCAAAUGUCACAGACAGUGGAAGGACUUAGCUCAGGCAUUUACACAGAUUGAUGCCAUUGGUACCAAAGGAGUCCUGAGGAAGAGAGAGUUAAGGGACUUGUUGUUCAAAAUGGUUAUUCCUAUGGGACCAGAGGAGUUUAAAAGACUCUGGGAAUUCUAUGAUGAAGAUGGAAAAGGCUAUGUUAAUUAUCAAGACUUUUUGGAAAAACUCGGAGCCUCAGAAUUCACUCCUGCUGAUACGAUGGGAACCAGUACAAACAUUAUAGAUACCAGUCAUAAAACAAUCAUGGACCACAAUGAUGACCAGCUGGUCAAGCAUCAGAGGAUGACCAAACACCAGGCCGAUAGGGUCGCCUUCAUGAAUGCUGAACAAGUCGAGAAACUACUCAAGGAUAAGAUCCGAGAUAAUUACAAGGACACGUAUGAUGCCUUCAGGAAGUAUGACACACAAAAGAAAGGAUCCCUGUCAGUUAACGAGAUACAGAAUGUUCUUAAUGAUCUACACUUCUUCAUGAACGAUGAACAAUUCUUCAAACUCAUAGACAAAAUUGGUCUUGGCACCAGAGGGAGUCGUCUGAACUAUGAAGAGUUCCUGAGGGCCUUUGAGGAGGGACGUAAGGAGCACUACCAGCGCCCUCUACCCGAGGUCAGGAUCCAGGAAUGGGGCGGACUCAGUCCACAGGAGGCCGAGAGCAAACUCAGACAGAUCAUAGAGACUCAGGGAGAUGUCCUAGGAAAGGCUUUUGCAUCCUUUGAUAAGAAUCAGUCCAACCUGAUUCCCAUGAAGGACUUCAGAAGAGUGCUGGACAUCUUUGCCUUUAAGAUGACAGACCCACAGUGGCGCCACCUAACGAGUAAAUUACAGGUGGUGGACAAGUCUGUCAAUUAUUUGCUGUUCCUGGAGAACUACAAUAUGUCCGACCAAGAGGAUGCCGAGAAAUGGCUGGCUGCCCUACAGAAACAGAUGAGGAACCAGGCCCAGCCCCUGAUGCCUAUUGAUGAGGUUCAGGAGAAGGUGCGGGAGGCAGUACACGCCCACUUCUACACACUGGUCAACCUCUUCAAAGAGGUGGACUACGCCAACAUCGGGGUCGUAUCUAAAGAGGACUUCAGGGACGUGAUGGAUAAGAAUGUCCUGAGAUUUAAUGAUGAACAGUUUGACAACUUAUGGGGGUCGUUACCUGUCAAUGAUUUUGGUAACUUGGACUACAAGGAAUUUCUCCGUCGUUACUCAUCCAACAUGGAGGUUCCCCCCACUCCACAGAGACCUGCCUCUACGAUGAAUGGUCGACCCGGGACACAGAUGUCAGGUCGACGACUACAGAGUAGGGCUGUGUCAAGGUCAAUAACACAGAUGGAGUUUGGGCGGCCCGGUUCCCGAUUGUCCAGAGCUCAGACUCGAAUGAGUACACCCAUGAUCAACGCAGAGAGUGCCGAAACAAGGAUCAAAAACAGGAUAUUCCGAAACUGGAAGGAAAUCCAGAGGAGUUGUCGUAACUGUGACAAACACAACACAGGGACAAUCCAGAUAGAGGAACUCAGAGACAUUCUGAUGAGAAAUGGAAUAGAAAUGCCUGAAGAGGAAUUUUAUGAUCUGAUGACUAAAUACGAUCUGAGAGAGGAUGGCUCAUUUGCAUAUGUCGACUUCCUGCGUCACUUUAUUUUAAAUCUUAAGCCACAGGAAGAUCCAAACUUAUUGUCAAGGCGACGUGUUCCAGGACGAGUAUCUUCCCUGUCUACACUGUCGGAGAAUUCCGAGGUAUCAGCGGGCCACACCAGCACGCAUUUCUACGAUGCCAUGAUCCGACUCCGCGAAUGUGUGCUCCAGAACUGGAAGGAAAUGAGGCGACUCUUCCGAUCCCUGGACCGUGAAAAUCAGGGCACAGUUAGCUCCCUUGAUUUCCGCCAUGUUUUACGACAGUUCAGUGUCAAUCUAGGAGAGGAUGAAUUUUUCCACCUAUUGUCCUAUUACGAUAAGAACUUAAAUGGAAUGAUAUCCUAUAAUGACUUUAUCAAAGCUUAUCUCCAAAGUCCCUGAGAACUAUGGGAAAACUUAACUUAGGAAUUCUACUAUAAAAUAAGAGCCACUUUCACUGGUGUUGAUAUUCCGUCUCUGUUCUGCUAUUGCUUGCUUUGUUUAUAGACUGCUGUGAUCUUUCUCAAUCAUGGUGCCUUUAUAGGAUAAAAAAUUAUUAUGUACCAAAUGUACUGCCCCUUUCUAUUUCAUUAUGUCAUGAAGUUUGCAAUAUAAACCUUAGAAAUUCAAUGUGUAUACUUACCUCAGCACCAGAGCUUUGCAAUCAAACAUGGAUUCUAGCUGUUAGGUUAACAUAGAGUGUGAAAUCUGAACUCUUCUUGUGUAGUUGUGUGGAAAUGGAUACUCUCAACUUUUACUGCGGCUGUGAUAUGCAAACUGUGAUUCAUUCUUUGUCUUUUAAUUUUUACUUGUGAUGCUGAUAUAUGGAAUUUUUAAAAUUCUAUGAUGAUACACAAAUGCUUGUAUAAUUUAUGUAUAUUUUUGUACAUCUGCUAUCUCUUUUUAAUAAACGAUUACUUUAGAA